AUGCCGCACAGAGAUACUCGCCCCGGGAUUUCGCGGAAAAUCAAGCCUUACACCACUACCUGUCCGCUAGACCCUAUCCCCACUCAUCUUCUUCAGGCCAUCUCCUCCUCAAUUCUACCUGCACUCACUCACAUUAUCAAUUCCUCCCUUCACACUGGAACAUUUCCCACAGCUUUUAAGCAGGCUAGGAUUACCCCACUGCUUAAGAAACCCACUCUGAAUCCAGCACUUUUAGAAAACUACAGACCAGUAUCCCUUCUUCCUUUCAUUGCUAAGACACUUGAGAGAGUUGUAUUCAACCAACUGUCUACUUAUCUCACACAGAACAACCUCCUUGACAACCACCAGUCUGGUUUCAAGAGUGGCCACUCAACUGAGACUGCCCUGCUCUCAGUCACUGAAGCCCUGAGACUGGCACGAGCAUCUUCAAAAUCAUCAGUACUCAUCUUGCUGGAUCUGUCUGCUGCCUUUGACACAGUGAACCACCAGAUCCUCCUGUCUACACUCAUGUCGAAGGGCAUCACGGGAACCGCGCUCCAGUGGUUCGAGUCUUACCUCUCAGAUGAUCCGACGGUUGCUGGUCGCAUCACAGCCUGCCUGACAGCCAUUUCUGCCUGGAUGAAGGACCACCACCUCCAACUCAACCUUGCAAAAACGGAACUGCUUGUGAUCGGUGCAAACCCAACACUUCAUCACAACCUUUCAGUUCAACUUGGGUCUUCAACCAUCACUCCUUCCAGGACAGCCAGAAACCUUGGAGUGGUGAUGGAUGAUUGUCUAACCUUCACAGAUCAUGUUGCAGCAACGACCCGGUCCUGCAGAUUUGCCUUGUACAACAUCAGGAAGAUUAGACCCUUCCUAUCGGAACAUUCCACACAAAUUCUUGUCCAAGCUCUUGUUCUAUCCAGACUGGACUACUGUAAUGCUCUCUUGGCUGGCCUUCCAGCAUGCACUAUCAAGCCUCUGCAACUGAUCCAGAAUGCUGCAGCAAGACUGGUCUUCAACGAACCGAAGAGAGCGCACGUCACUCCUCUCUUCGUCAGUCUGCACUGGCUGCCAGUAGCUGCUCGCAUCCAAUUCAAGGCUCUGAUGUUUGCCUACAGAACGACCGCUGGCUCUGCACCGCUAUACCUUAACUCACUACUUCAGACUUACGCGCCCUCCAGAAACUUGCGUUCUGCAAGUGAACGGCGCCUUGUGGUGCCAUCACAUAGGGGCACAAAAUCACUCUCACGGACCUUCUCCGGGACUGUUCCUGGCUGGUGGAAUGACCUACCACGCUCUAUCCGAGCAGCUGAGUCUCUAGCCAUUUUCAAAAAAAUGCUAAAGACGUAUCUUUUUCGUCAGCACUUGACCCAGUAGUAGUAGCACUUACCUUGAUUAAUAUUCUUCUCCUAUCUAUUUGUGUAUUUAUUUAAAAAAAAAAAAAAAAAAAAAAAAAUUUCGCUAUGAGCACUUUACUGACAUAACUAUGACUUC